UUCUCUGUCCUUUGAGUCGUCGCACAGGCGUUUCCUCCAUUGAGAGAUUUUGAUAGAUAGAUCCCCUCUUACGGAGGGUCGCAUUCUUGUGUUCACCUCUGGGGGUUUGCUCUCUGUCUUGGCUUUUGCUUUUGAGUCUCAAUAAGCUUAGAAAAGAAAGAAAAAAGAAAAGAAAAGCGAGGGAGCACAAUACUUUUCUCACUUUACUUCAAUCCCUCCAUAAUCACUCCCUUUUCCUUCCUGUUUCUUUCUCUGCUGGGUCCUCUCUGUUUUUGUUUAUUUUCUUUCCGCUGGUUUUCUCAGACCUUUUGGGUCUGUUCAGAGGGUAGUAGUCUGCUGAACUUCACUUUGGAAGCUUCAAGUUUUGAAAUUGGCACCACAUUUUGAAUCCACCUCGCGAAAUCUGAUCUGGGUUUCGCUUUUCUUUCAUGAUUCUUGUGCCUAUUGCGCUCUUUGGAUCUGAUAGGGAAGUCUAGGGUUUAUAUCAAUAGUCAAAACAGAGGCCUCGCUUUCUCUUUUUUCCUUUUGUUUCUGGAAUUUCCCUUGGAUUUUGGAAAGUUGGGUCUUUUCUAGAUUCUCAGAUUUAUGCUCAACAGCAAAAGGGGGCCUUAGAUUCCCUUUCAAAAUGCUCCUUUGAUUUCCAAUCUUCCUUUUCCUCUUAAAAGCUUCCCCUGUGCUUCCCUCUGCUUUAACCAAUAUCUGUGUCUUGCUCUUUGAACUUUCUAAAUGAGGGAAUCGGUAUUUGUCUGCGACAUUGAGUAGCCUUAUGCACCUCAGUUUCGUGCUGUCCUGAUGCUAUUAGUUUCACGCGAGAUGAAUCGGGAAAUCGAAAUCCUAUCACCGGCAUCGUACCUCCAGAAUUCAAACUGGUUGUUCCAGGAGAGCAAGGGGACGAGAUGGACCCCUGAGGAGAACAAGCGAUUCGAGAACUUGUUGGCAGUGUACGAUAAAGACACACCGGAUAGGUGGAUGAAAGUGGCGGCUAUGAUCCCCGGGAAGACGGUGGGCGACGUGAUGAAGCAGUAUAGGGAAUUGGAGGAAGAUGUGAGUGACAUCGAAGCCGGGCUCAUUCCGAUUCCGGGAUAUGGGAGCAACUCCUUCACAUUGGAGUGGCUCAAUAGUAACAAUGGUUGUGAUGGGUUGAAGCAAUUGUACAGUACUCUUGGAAAGAGAGGCACUUCGGCAAAACCCUCUGAUCAGGAGAGAAAGAAAGGUGUUCCGUGGACUGAAGAAGAGCACAGGCAAUUUUUGAUGGGUCUUAAGAAGUACGGGAAAGGGGAUUGGAGGAACAUCUCGCGCUACUUCGUGACUACUAGGACUCCGACUCAGGUGGCCAGUCAUGCCCAAAAAUACUUCAUCAGACAGCUUACGGGAGGAAAGGACAAGCGAAGAUCGAGCAUUCACGACAUCACAACAGUUCAUCUCCCAGAUAGUGACCCACCUUCGCCAGUCAAAAGGCAACCCGCCUCGCCUGACGAUUCUUCCACGAUCACGAAGCUACCGCUACAAGCACAGCCACAUGAUCAUCAUCCAAAGAUCGAAGAGAUGAGCAAAGAUCUCUUGUGCUGGAACAACCGGUCGAACGGAGGGUUGGCGACUGCAUAUGACCAAGUAGGCAUCGACGCUGCCUUAGGACCAUUUCGCGGGAUUUCUUCUUACGGGAAUAAGUUGCAUGAGCAAAGAUUCCUCAUGGGGGGACUUUACGGUGCCCAGUUCGAUCCUUAUUUCCAGAUGCAACCUAUGCACUAUCAGUGAAAGUGCCUCAGUGGGAUUUUGCAAAAUUUGUUAAGGUUAACGGAUGCGUGGGAUCAUUCAGCAACACCUGGUCAUUAAUCCAAAAGUGCUGUCUCUUUAAGGGGUUUAUGUGUGUAUACAUUUGAUGAGAAGGUAUGAAGGUUUAGGUCAUAGUGAGGGGAGAAUGUUCAAAGAAAGCAUUUAGUUCGCAUUGCCAUCCGAUGUCCGGAUUCUAAACCCACUUGAAUAUAACCGGAUGCUUAUUUCCUCACAA